CUCACAGACUGCUGCGGCGGGAGCCCCUAGGAGCCCUGCUCCUCAGAGAGUUGCUUCACAGCUCGGCUGGCCGCCGUGGCUGCUGAGCCGCCCCGGUCCCGCAGCCGAACGGCCCUCGGGCGCUCACGGCGCGCUGAAGUGCCUGACGGGCGCUGCUGAGGAGAGGCUCGCUGUGGCGGUUACCUCACGGAGGUCACUACUGCUCUUCGAAUCAAACUGCUCUAAGCAAAAUGCACCCCGGAGGCGGGAGGGGGGAGUUGCCUCAGCAACAUCGUGUAAACUCAACAGCCUCCUGUAGCACGAACAGCCUGCAGAAAAGCCUCUCUCAUUAAUAAAGUACUAAGUACUACGUGCUCCGCAGUCAGAAAAACGUGCUGAAAACAGAACAUUGAAGUGUGUUUGAAUUUCUUGCUGUCCAGCAAAGGAAGAAAGCCGUGAGCUAAUAAUGCUCUGUAACUUCUCUUCGGGCUGCUGCACCUCUUUAAUGUUUCUCUGCUGAAGCACACGGUUUCUGGACCUUAAUACAUCUAAAGACAGUAUGUCUGAUAACCAGCAAAAGAACAGAAGCAAAGAAGGUCGUGGAAGUGUUGUUGAUCUUCAGAAUGCAGAUAAGAUAAUCAAAAAAAUGGAUCAAUCGUAUAAAGCUCUGGAAAAAAACAACCAAGUAGCACCAGCAUCCAGACCUUGGCUGGAUCAACAAGUGGCAUGUUUUCCAAGCAAAAAUCAGCUAGCAUCACAGACGAGACAUCAUACUUCUUUACCUUUCUUCCUGAAGAAAGAGAGUGUAGAGGAUGGCUUUGACUUCAGCUUUCUGCUACAAGCCUCGUGCCCAAAAUCUGACAUUUCAAAAUCAUUUAUGGAUCUAAAUAAUUCCCAGAUAAUUAAAGCGCAAACACAACAAAGGCUAAAUAUAACAAUGCUCAAAGCCAGGAACAGGAGAUCUGAGUUGCAUUUACCACCAGUGACAUUUCAGCCUGUAAGAACAAUUCAUCUUGCUCUGCUUGAAGAUAAUAUUGUCAAAGAAAGCACCAACAUGAGUAAUAUUCUGAAUAUUAUGAACUCUGUUCCUCAGCCUGUAAACUCAGUUGCUAAAUUUUCUCAGUGUCAGCUAGGCAAGCUACUAAAAAGGCACACUGAAAAGUUGUCAUGCCUAAUUGUGGCCACUAUUUCUGAUAAGUUCACUCCAGCAAAAGACUUGUACUACUUCAGCAUGAGUAACUACUGUAAAUACCCUAGCAACAAGAAAGAAGGAAUUCAAAGCAAUUUGAAAUGGAGGGAAGCUGAUGCAGCUACUAAUACUGAAGAGAAUGACCAGAUGACAUACCAAUUUUCAGUGGCUUGUAAGAAUGUAGAUCUUAAGACCCAAGCUGGUUUCUAUAAUGGCAGUCAUCCUUACAUGAGCUCCACUCGUCCUCUGAUUAACUGUAGAAUAUUUAGAGCUCAGACAACAUUUACAAAGUCAAGCAACAGUAAUGCCUCAGGAGCUGGCAAUGAGGAAGGAAGAGCAGAGAAUUGCUGUAGAACUAAUGCUUUAGGAGGAGGGAAUGUCAGAGAGACAAUACUGAGUUAUAUAACACGUGAAGAUGCUGAGAGUGAGAACUUUGUACUCAUUGAUAAUGAUUUAAAAUCUUCCUGUAAAAGUGAAGUGAUAGAGGCCCACCAUACCUUAGAAAAUAAUUCUAUAGCUCCAGUAAUUCCCAGAGUAGAAGUGAAAGAUCCUACUGGAAAAGCAACAGAAAAAAGUAUUUGUCUCUCUGAGUUUGAAAGGGAAGAAGAAGCAAUGUCAGAAGUAACAUCGAAAGACCAAAGUGAGCUUGUGCAUGUUGUUCAUGUUAAAUUCUCUGAACAUGAACCAGCUAGGGAGCCACACACUGCUAAACAACCUGCCACAAAAAAGAAUGUCAUUCGUAGCCUGCCUCCUCAUGUUACUCAGACCUUCAAUGUUCUUGCUCGCAAAGAAAGUGAAAAAACUAAAAUAAAGAUGAACAAAAAUAAAUACACAUCAAAAUCGAAAAUGAAUAGAAAGAUGAAAGCAUCUGAAGACUUAAUUGUUUCUGAUGAGAUUUCAACAAAACAUAAUGCCAAAAGUCAGAUUUGUCCAUCUUUGGGACGGCCACGUGUGGAAUCUGAGACUUCACUACAGCAUCGACUGCCUCAUUCUCCAGCAGACAAAGACCAUUUUCCUCAGAGUGCUCGGAAACUUAAAAAGCAAAGUUCUUCCUGCAAUUGCAAAAAUUCAGCUCUCUUAAAGAAACCUGUUCCUCCACUCUCUCUACCACAUGCACACUCUGCUUCAGGUUUUAUAGAUCUGAAAUACAGUGAUAUGUUCAAGAAAAUAAAUUCAAGUGACCAAGGCCCAGGGAUUUAUGAAAUGUUUGGAACUCCUAUCUACUCUCACAUGCGUGAGCUUGACCAACCUGAGAACAGAUUUUACGGAGACGUUUGUUCUGCUCCAUCUGGGAGAUGCACUGCUAGGACCUGCAGAUAUUCUAGCAGUAAAAGAAGAGAAAGCAGCCAAGUAAGAAAUGCUCCAAAAAGAGCAUGUUCUAAGUCAAAGAAGACCAUACCUAGCACUAAACAAAAGCAGAAAGAUUUAAUUACAAAGGAUGGAAGGACCAAACUGAGUGACAGCAACACAGAGCAAGAUAAUGAAAUAAUUUCAGAUUCAGAUUUUCAGAGAAACACUUCAAGGAGCAUGACAUUGUUCCAUGAAGACACAGUUCACCAGCUUAUAUUGUUAGAAGAGCUCUCACAAUCAGCUAAGCAAAAUAAAAGUUUUUCAAACUCAAACUUAUCAGCUAUAAAAGAAGUUUCUUUGGAACAGUCUUUAGAUGAUUGGGAUGUUUCCAACCAUCAGAAAGCUUCUAACCAUAGCCAAAAUCUCCUUCACUUCAGAGAUCAAGAGUACAGAGAAUGCGUUGCUCUAAGUAGCAGUCUUAUAACAACAGACCAGAAUGUACCCUGUUGUGGGGUGGAUAUGGAUGGCUCCAAAGGCCUGGAAUCAGAUGAGGCCUCCUUCAAGUCUACAAAUAAAUGUGCAGCAAUGCCCUUUUCAGAUGGACUGGAGCAUCAGUGCCCUACACACACACCUCAGAACAGUGGUUUGGCAAAGGAAUUCACUCAGCAUUCAGUGAUUCAGACAGAAAGCAUUGCAAGCCCCAGUUUCCAGACAAGUCAGGAUCUUCUGUCUGGUGCAGAUAAUAAAGAUGUGACUGAUGAGUUGCUCUAUUGUCUGGCUGAAGAGUUGCUAAUGCUUGAAGAAAAAGACAUCAGCUCUCCAAGAACAGAAAAUACAAGUUCUAAAAUGCAAAAUACACAUAUUAAAGAAGAAGAAAAUACAAUGAAAGGAGACAGACCAAUAGUAAAUAAUGCUCUAGAGAAGCAAAGUUACAGUAACACCUUUUUGGCAUCAAAUGAAGAAAGUGACCUGCUAAGCUCUGAGGAGUCUGAUAAAUUAAUAGGAAGCAGUUUAACUUACAAAGACCCCAUCGUGUGGACAAGAGGUGAAGUCCUUGGAAAGGGAGCCUAUGGCACGGUAUACUGCGGUCUGACAAGCCAUGGGCAAUUAAUAGCUGUAAAACAGGUUGUUUUGGAUACAUCUGAUCAACUCACUACAGAAAAGGAGUAUCAGAAGCUUCAUGAGGAAGUCAAUCUUUUGAAGACAUUGAAGCAUGUCAACAUUGUAACAUAUUUAGGAACUUGUCUGGAAGACAACAUUCUAAGUAUUUUCAUGGAGUUUGUUCCUGGUGGCUCUAUUUCUAGUAUUAUUCAUCGUUUUGGUCCCUUGCCAGAAAUUGUCCUUUGUAAAUAUACAAAACAAAUUCUACAAGGUGUUGCCUAUUUACAUGACAACUGUGUGGUACACAGAGAUAUCAAAGGCAAAAAUGUGAUGCUGAUGCCAAAUGGUGUAGUGAAGCUAAUUGACUUUGGCUGUGCCAAGCGUUUAGCUUGGGUAAGCCUCAGCGGCACACAGAGUGAGAUCCUUAAGUCUGUGCAUGGAACUCCUUACUGGAUGGCACCAGAAGUUAUAAAUGAAUCUGGAUAUGGAAGAAAAUCAGACAUCUGGAGCAUUGGCUGCACUGUAUUUGAGAUGGCAACAGGAAAACCACCACUGGCCUCUAUGAAUAGGAUAGCAGCCAUGUUCUACAUUGGGGCCUACAGAGGACUGAUGCCUUCCUUACCUAAUCGAUUCUCUGGCUCUGCAGUGGAUUUUGUGCAUGCAUGCUUAACCAGAGAUCAACAUGAACGCCCUUCUGCUCUGCAGUUGCUGGACCAUCCCUUUGUGAAAGGAAGACAGUGAAUUUUUCAAAUCUCUUGCCAAAGGAGUAUACAUUUUCCAUAUUAAACAUUUCCAUUUGUGAAAAAAGACCAGAAGGAACUGGACUUGAAGUGACAGCAGACAUGACUAGAGAGCACUUGUGCACAAGGUGUCUCUUAUUAGACAGCAGUAUGAUUAAAGCAAUGUUUUUGGUAAUGUU